AUGAACUGCAGGAUGGUGGGCUUUCAGGUGCCUUUUGAGGAGACGGAGAGACACAGGCAGCAGAUGAUCCUAAUGAAGGCUGAGGAGAUCCGUAAUAAGGCAGAGGAGAUGGAAAGGCGCAAGCAGCAGAUGAUCCUAAUGAAGGCUGAGGAGCUUCGUAAGAAGGCAGAGGAGACGGAAAGGCGCAAGCAGCAGAUGAUGCUCAUUAAGGCUGAGGUGAUUCGUAAGAAGGCAGAGGAGAAAGAGCGUCUGAAGCAACAGCAGAUGGAGGAGAAACGGAUGAACAAGGAGAGGAAACUCCAGAUCAGGAGAUUGGAGCUGGAAAAAGCAAAGGCUCUAAAGAAGCCAAACGAGGACAUGUGUUUGGCCGAUCUUAAGAGUCUUCCAGUGCUCUCAAGAAUCCCUGGUCUGGUAGUGCAAGGAAGCACCUUAUCAGACCUGGUGGUGCUGCAGUUUGUACACACCUUUGGAAAGGUCCUGGGAUUACAAAAUGUAAACGACCUCGACUUAAGAGUCAUUCAAAAGGGUUUCCUUAACACCGGGAGCAGUAUGGGGAAAGUAGAAGACCUGCUGGUGGGCAUGGUCUCCUCAGCCGUACAGGAUCCAGGGAUACCUGCAGGUCAGAGGAGCAAAACCUGUCUAGGGCAAAACUUGACUGAUGUGGAGAUCAACAGAGACAAUGUGUCUGAGAUCCUGCAGAUCUACAUGGAGGCUCACUGUGAUCAGACAAAGUCAGCUGCUCUGGCCCUCAGUCUACGAACUAAAGCUUUUCAGGCCCACAGUCCGUCUCAGAAGGCAUCCAUGUUGUUGUUCCUUUGUGAUGAGCUCUGCUGCAGUAAAGCUGUGAUCAGUGAGAUCAACAAGAAGAUGCUCCGCAAUUUUUCAAAUCUUUUUGUGAAUAAAUAUAUAUAUUUUUUUUCCUCUGUACAUUUCUGCGUUCAAAGACUGAGGAGCAUUUACACCAAGAGGACUAAGAAGGGAGACAGCAGUGUGGGCGGAGAUUACAGCCUCACCUUCGAUGACGACUGCGAGGACCAAGGAGAUGAAGAUGACGAGGAGGGAGAAGAUUAUGAAGGGGAGAAAGGGGCGAAAGCAGAGAUUUGUGAGGAGGAGGACGACAGUGUGAACACCGCCACUAUGGAGGAGCUCGAGAAGCAGAUCGAGAAAUUAUGCAUGCAACAGAGUCAGAUCACACAGGAGCUGCUAUGCUCCUCUCAAUCACAGCGCUCCAUGAUGAUUGGACAGGACCGCUUCAAGAGGCGUUACUGGCUUCUCCCAGAGUGUGGCAGCAUUUUUGUUGAGGGCAUGGAGAGCAGCGAAGGCUAUGAAGAGUUGAAGGAGAAACAGGAAACGGCUCAGGUGAUCCGAAUAAAGAAGGCGCAGCUGAAAGAGAUGGAGUGGGUGCUCUGCCCAACACCAGAGAGCCAGAAGGGCAAAGACCAUCUCAAAAUCUUCCUAAAGGGAGUGACGGGGAUAUCCCACAGCCCCCCGCCUGCAACCACUCUGCAGGGACCUGCAGGUGAAACAGAUUCUUCAGGGCCAUAUCCGCUGUGUUCCCCCCAGCUCAAAGGAAGCCCCUGGAUAACCUCCAGCCCCCAGCCUGACCUCCAGCUGACUAACCACACAGUCAACAAGCUUGAGAACCCAGAGGCCCUGUGUGACAAGCCACCUUGUGCCUUGUUUCCUGCUGUGGAGGCAGCUAAGGACUACCCCACACCUCAGCCCAUCCCUAAGGAGAUGCUGCACGGUUGGUGGCGAGUGUCAGACGUGCAGGAGCUACACAGUCUGGUGGAGGCGCUCCACAGUCGAGGCGUCAGAGAGAAGGUCCUACAGAAACAGCUCCAAGAACAUAUGGAGUAUUUGACCCAGCUCUAUGCCAACAGCGAAUAUGCGUUUGAUGUGGUGAAGCUGAAGAAACAGGAGGUGAGGGAGAAAACCGUGGCGAGUUGGUGUGUGGAGGAGCAGGCGAUGGAGGUGGACAUCCGCCUACUGCAGCAGGUGGAGGCUCUGGAGAGGAGAGUCGUCUUUGCCGGUCUGCAGAUCAAGGGCUGGAUGCACCCUAAGCCCCAGUCAAAGAGGGAGGAUCUGGUCUAUCGAGAGGACAAGCUCCUCUCUUCUCCAGCUCCCGAGAACACGUGGCAAAGAGGAACCAGGCGGCCUAACAAUCCUCUUGAUAUAGCUGUCAUGAGGCUGUCAGAGCUGGAGGAGAACAUCGAUCGAAGGGAGGAGGAGGUGACUCCUGGGAUGAGCCUGUGGCACGAAGCCCUUGAAGAAGUCCGCAGCUCGGCUCAGCUGUCGCUCUGUAUUCAGCAGCUGAAGAAAUCCAUCGACUGGGACCGCCCCGUCAAGAAAGUGGUUAGUGAUGCCUCUUUUCUCUCGCUAUCAAAACUUUGUCACGGCUCUGAUAAAGGCUGCCACACCUACUGCCACAGGCCUAAGAUCCCCACAGUUCCUGACGGCAAAUGGUUCUGUCACAUUUGCGUGGCAAAAUACGAACUGGCCAAUAAAAUGGAUUCAGCCGACUCCGGUUCCGGGCGCACUGUCCUGCCGGCACCAUUACUGCAGCAGAUGGAGGAACAAUUUAAUGCAGUUCACCUCGAGAUGCAGGGGAUGUCGGAGCACCAGGAGAGCAUUCACAGCCAGGCAAUCAAAACAAGAUUUGCACGUGUUCUUGAGGAUAAUGAUGCUCUACUGGCUGCUGCAACCCUACCCAAGUUCAAGUUACGUUGGCUGCGUGACCAGGAGAGGAAGGACCUGUGCAUCCUGCUCGGCGAUGGAGCGUUGGGCAAAACCAGCCUGGUGGUCAGCUACACGACGAACGGAUACCCGACCAAAUAUGUCCCCACUGCGCUUGAUGACUUCUCGGGUAAAUAA